UUUAUUCCGCGAAAAAAUUGGCAUAAGCGGAAAAGUUUAUCGUAGUCCACUUUGCAGUCUACUCUUUCCGGUGAUUUGGGGUUCAGAUUGAAGGAUAUGGUGGUUGCAGUAGCUGCGGCGCUGAGUGCUGUAGUAUUAAGGCAAGUAGCAACCGUAACUGCUUCUGGAAACACCUUCCUCUCCUUCAAUCGCCGCCGUAAAUGGUCUCAUUCAGUUUCAUCGUCCUACUCAUCUCCUUUACCUUCUUCUUCGAGAAAGCUGAUACUUUACUCAAAGCCAGAUUGCUGUUUGUGCGAUGGUCUGAAGGAAAAGCUUCACGCCGCUUUCACCGACGCCGAAUGCGUUUUCGAUUUAGAGGUUAGAGAUAUUACAACCAAUUCCGAUUGGGAAAAGGCUUACCAAUUUGAGAUUCCUGUAUUGGCCAAACUCCGACCCGAUGGCACCGAGGAAGUUCUUCCUAGGUUGUCUCCUCGACUGGGUGUUGAGCUUGUUCGAAAGAAGAUAUUGGCUGCAUUGGGAGAAUAAGUUUUUUCUUCUACUUGGUAUAGAAUGGGGUCUGUCUAUGUAAUUCAAUUUCAACACAAAAGUUGAAGACUCGGGGAGAUGCAAGAUUUGUGUUCAUAUGUGGUACUGUGUUGAAUUGGAAGCCCCGUUAGUUUAUGAGCCUGUUGGUAGCCAGCUGCAAAAUAUGUAGAUUUGUGUCCAAAAUCUUUUCUUCAAGAAAGUUUAGUCCUUUUUCCUCUAAAUAUACACUUACGAAAUGGGAACUAUAGUCACACUAUAAGUAAUAUUGAUGUCAUUAUUUCAUUAUAUAUCACCGAGUAGUCAUUGUACAACUUCAUAUCUGAGUGACUAUUACACUAAUUCAAGUCCCACAAAAAGCAAGUUGGGAUUAUUCCCUUUUAUAGUCCAUCUCCCAU